UGGAGUGUGGCGAGUGAAGGAAAAGCGCUCCUAAAACCUAUCAACUUCACCUUUACUGGAAUUUAAUCACUCGACAGCACAGCAAUAGUGAGAGAAGAGAAGCCCCUGACAGACAGAUACCGCGACUGGGAGUGAAGUAAAGCGAAUAUUUCAAGAAUAUCCUAUUACACAGAAUAUGACAGACACCUAGCACACAGCAAAGGGAUGGCGACCGCAUAUCUGGAACCCAAUAUGAACCACGCCCUGGGUGGAGGGGCGAAAUCACGCCUCAGCACGGGGACGGAGCGCACCCCCGGAGCUCCAGACAGAGUCCUGAAGGUGUACCACCACUUCGAGAGCGACAGCGAACACAGCACGUGGUCCAGCAACAUCCGACACGGAGACGCCACGGACGUGCGGGGCAUCAUUCAGAAGAUCGUGGACAUCCAUAAGGUGAAAUGCGUGGCGUGUUUCGGGCUCCGCCUCAGUAACGUGCAGUCGGGCGAGGUUCACUGGCUCCACCCAGAUAUGGGCGUGUCCCACGUGAGGGAGAAGUAUGAGCAGAACAAGCCUCAAGAUGAGUGGAGGUAUGAAUUGCGGAUCCGCUACCUGCCAAAGGGCUUCCUGAAUCAGUUUAGUGAAGACAAACCGACGCUGAACUACUUCUAUCAGCAGGUGAAGAGUGACUACAUGUUAGAAAUCGCAGAUCAUGUGGAACAGGAAAUAGCCCUAAAGCUUGGAUGUCUGGAGAUCCGGAGAUUUUUUAGAGAGAUGAGGGGAAACGCCUUGGAUAAGAAAUCUAAUUAUGAACUGUUAGAGAAAGACGUGGGCCUCCGAAGAUUCUUCCCCAAGAGCCUGUUAGACUCUGUCAAGGCUAAAGCGCUGCGGAAACUCAUACAGCAGACGUUUAAACAGUUCGCCAACAUGAACGACGAGCAGAGUAUCCUCAAGUUCUUCGAAAUCCUGUCCCCUAUUUACAGAUUUGAUAAGGAGUGUUUUAAAUGCGCCCUGGGGUCGAGUUGGGUGAUAUCAGUGGAGCUGGCCAUAGGGCCAGAAGAGGGCAUCAGUUACCUGACUGAUAAAGGAUCAACACCCACCCACCUGGCCAACUUCACGCAGGUCCAGACCAUCCAGUACUCCAAUGUGGAGGAGAAGGAGAGGAAGGGCAUGCUGCAGCUGGAUGUGGCCGGGGCAGCGGAGCCUCUCACAGUCACUACACAGUCUUUCACUACGGCGGAGAACAUGGCUGACCUCAUUGACGGAUACUGUCGCUUGGUCAACGGUGCCACCCAGUCCUUUAUCGUCCGACCUCAGAAAGAGGGAGAGAGAGCGCUUCCAUCGAUUCCAAAACUGGCAAACAAUGAGAAGCGACUAGAGAGCGUUCGCGCUGGAGUCCGUGCCAUAUCGGUAUCAGACGAUGCUAGCGGGGAUGAAACGGACGACUACGCUGAGAUUAUAGAUGAGGAGGACACCUACACCAUGCCCUCCACGCGGGACUACGAGAUCCAGAGAGAUCGUAUCGAGCUGGGACGCUGUAUCGGAGAGGGACAGUUUGGAGAUGUUCAUCAGGGAGUCUACAGCAGUGCGGAGAAUCCCUCUUUGUCUGUGGCCAUUAAAACCUGUAAGAACUGCACGUCAGACAGCGUGAGAGAGAAGUUUCUACAGGAGGCUUUGACGAUGAGGCAGUUUGACCAUCCACACAUCGUGAAGCUGAUUGGUGUGAUCACCGAGAACCCGGUUUGGAUCAUUAUGGAGCUGUGUACUCUGGGCGAGUUAAGAUCAUUUUUACAAGUGAGAAAGCACAGCCUUGAUUUGGCGACACUAAUUCUCUUCGCCUACCAGCUAAGCACAGCUCUGGCAUACCUGGAGAGUAAGCGCUUUGUUCACAGGGACAUUGCUGCCAGAAACGUGCUGGUAUCAUCCACAGACUGUGUGAAGUUGGGGGAUUUCGGCUUGUCUCGUUACAUGGAGGACAGCUCUUACUAUAAAGCUUCCAAAGGGAAACUGCCAAUCAAAUGGAUGGCACCAGAAUCAAUCAACUUCCGGCGUUUUACCUCCGCCAGUGACGUCUGGAUGUUUGGUGUGUGUAUGUGGGAAAUCCUGAUGUAUGGGAUCAAGCCCUUCCAGGGUGUCAAGAACAACGACGUGAUUGGCCGGAUCGAAAACGGCGAGCGAUUGGCCAUGCCUCCCAACUGCCCGCCCACUCUGUACAGCCUGAUGACUAAAUGCUGGGCCUACGACCCCAGCAAGAGACCCCGUUUCACCGAGCUCAAGACUCAACUCAGCACUAUUCUGGAGGAGGAGAAGAUUCAGCAGGAGGAGAGGCUAAGGAUGGAGAUGAGGAGACAGGUUACGGUAUCCUGGGACUCAGGAGGUGCAGACGAGGCUCCGCCCAAACCCAGCAGACCUGGUUAUCCCAGUCCACGGUCCAGUGAAGGAUUCCACCCCAGUCCACAACAUGCCAGCCAGCACAACCAUUACCAGGUGGCUGGUUACCCGGGCCCUCAUGGUAUGCCCACCUCCAUGCCCAGUGCUGGGUACCCCCCCCAGGCCUCUGUCCUCGAUCCCCACGAGCCCUGGAACCACCACCGGCCGGGAGACAUGUCCAUGUGGUCCGCCAACAUGGAGGAUGGUGGUGCUGUGGACAUGCGGGGGCUUACUCAGGCCCUGCCUCCACACCUGAUGGAGGAGCGACUGAUGAUGCAGCAGCAGCAGAUGGAGGAGGACCAGAGGUGGCUGGAACAGGAGGAGAGUUUCCUGAAGCCUGAAUCGAGGAACUCCAGAGGAAGCAUUGACCGAGAGGAUGGUGGACUCCAGGGCCCGACGGGAAACCAAAAUAUAUACCAGCCUGUGGGAAAAGCAGAGCAUGUUGCUCCUCCGAAGAAGCCCCCUCGUCCCGGCGCCCCGGGGCAUCUUGGGAGUUUGGCCAGCCUGAAUCCUGUGGACAGCUACAACGAGGGCGUUAAGAUUCAGCCUCAGGAGAUCAGCCCUCCACCGACGGCGAAUUUGGACCGUUCCAACGACAAAGUGUAUGAGAAUGUGACAGGGUUGGUGAAGGCUGUCAUUGAGAUGUCCAGUAAAAUCCAGCCCGCCCCUCCCGAGGAGUACGUUCCCAUGGUGAAGGAAGUGGGCCUGGCUCUGAGAACCCUGUUGGCCACAGUGGAUGAGACAAUCCCUGUGUUACCAGCCAGCACACACAGAGAGAUUGAGAUGGCUCAGAAGCUGUUGAACUCAGACCUGGCGGAGCUGAUUAACAAAAUGAAGCUGGCCCAGCAGUACGUGCUGACCAGCCUACAGCAGGACUACAAGAAACAGAUGCUGACGGCCGCGCACGCCCUCGCCGUGGACGCCAAAAACCUGCUGGACGUCAUCGACCAGGCCCGACUGAAGAUGAUCGCCCAGUCACGGACACACUAACUGAACCCUCUGGGAUUGGCUGGUUCACCAGAGAAGCUCACACAGCAGGGGAGGGGCUAGGGCUGGGACUACGGGAUGAUGUCAUAAUACAAUCAGUGACGACGGAAUCCUUGUACAGAACUCUCAAUGUUAAGAGAACAC